AUGGCCUCGGCAAAACCUGCUGCAGGCUGCGACAAGCGCGAGCAUCACCAUAACGUCAGGGUCCUUUCUGUGGGCCUCCCCCGAACCGGUUCCAAGUCGAUGCUAUGUGCCCUGGAGAUCCUCGGCUACCGGGACGUCCACCACCUGGGCCAGAUUUGGUGGAAGCCGAGGGAGUGGGCGUUCCUCGACCGCGCUGCGGACGCCAGCUUUCCUAGCUUAUCUACGUACAGAACCGGGUUGGGUCCAGUGAACUGGGAUGAUAUGUUUGGCAAUAAUGAGGCGAUUACGGACGCUGCUGGUCUGUUUGCGUCUCAGCUCAUUGAGGCGUACCCUGAUGCGAGAUGUGUCAUGGUCGUGCGUGACUUUGAUGCGUGGGCUCGGAGUGUUGAUGAGACACUGUUGUCGUAUCUUUUCAGCUGGUUUAACGCAUACCUGAUCGACCCGUCUGUCGGGGCGUACUCGACGCGGGCUAUGAGAAAAAUGUUCAUGGGCGCUAUGAAUUGCUCAGCUAGUGAUGCGAGAAAGAGAGAAGUGUUGCGAAAGUUCUACGAUCAGCACUAUGUCAAGAUUCAAUCAACGGUUCCGCCAGAGAGGCUCUGCGUGAUGAGACUUGGCGAUGGCUGGGAGCCGCUGGUGAGUGGCCCAUGA